CUUAGUGAAUUCACCUCUUGGCAUUUUGCAAUGUCCAAUGGCAAUGCAAACGUAAACAAGUGCCCGCAUAAGUGAGACAACAAGUGUAUACAACCGCUUGUUACACAUACAAACUCCCACACGCACUCAUUUGUAUGUUCAAGUACUUAAUCAUGAUUAUACCGACAUUUUCACUUUUUAUAGCGAAAUAAAAUAUAGCUAAAUUCUAAUUAUCAAACUGUAUGCUGUACUUUUGCGUACUAUUUUGGCAAUUGCCACAAAUAAAAUUUUUUGCGGAUGAUUAUUUACCGCUAUUACACUGCUUGUAUGCUUACAUAUGCAACACUGGCACGCACACUCUGAAGAACUGUUUGUUGGAUUUAAAAUUCAAUUAAGUGCAUACAAUUUUAAAAUGGAUUUUCCGAAAAUCGAAAUUGCCGAAAAUGACGACGAUUUAGUGGAAAAUCCACUACUGGUGGCUUUUUUAGAGCAGUUUAUUGUUCAGCUGAUGAAUGAAGUGUCCGAGGUUGAAGCAUCUUGCGAAAAAUUGAAAGCUUCAAAUAAAGAUUUGCAAAAAAGAAAAGACAGAUGCCUUAGAGAAAUAUUUACAUUGACAACUGGUAAUGUGGACGGUGAGAUUUUAUCACAGCACUUUAGACAACGAAUGCAAGGUGAACUUGAGAGGUUUAAAAUGACUGGGCAACGAGACGAUGAAGUGUUGCGAAAUUUCCAAAGGGAUUAUGUAGAUUGGCGUGACACAUUGAAACAGAAAAUGGAAAUUAUGCUCGGAACCGAUAAGCUGACUGAUAUGUCUGAAAUUGAGCUGGAGGCGAAAUUACAAACGCUGAAAACUGCUCUUGAAAGUUUGAAGAAUGAACUCAGUGCUUUUGAAGAGGCCACCAAAAAUAAAAAUUCACUCUUAGAAGGAAAGAUAAAAGCGUUGAAGGUUGAAGUGAAAAUGUUAAAUUCAUUAAAAUUGGAACAGAACACUACACAUCAACGGCUCAAAGAUGCAUUAAAGGAAAAACGGCUCAAACAUCAGGAGGAUACCAAUAAAUUGUUAAAAGAAAUUGCUGAUUUGCAAAAGAAACUGGACCUACACGAAUAAGAAAGCUACAACUUAUAUAGACUUACAUAAUCACAUUUAAUUUUAAAAAUACAAAUUACUGGAUUUAAAACACACGAAGAUUCAUAUAUUAAAGGGGGUUAUCAUAAA